AUGCAGCCGAUGGCGUGGCGCGCGCUGUGUUGGGCCGGGUUGCGGCAAAGGCCCCUCCGGACGGUCGUUAACAACGUACGGCGGCUUUUCACGGGCGAGGGCCCCAAGACAAGGCGGGAGAGGAAAGGGUCCUUUGCCGCCGCGCUGGCGGACCUCCGCGACGGCCUCACGAGCGUGACCGUCGAGAAGCUCCUCGGGCGGGACGUCAGUCCGGCGCAGAAGUGCCUGGAGAGGUAUUCCCUCUCUCAGAUCGGCGACAAGGGCUCGCUAUCUCAGGCGCUCUACCGCUGGCUUCAGGCCGCAGUGGAAGUAGUGGAGGCGGCGAAGAUGGAAAGCGAAGGAACGAGUCUCUUAUCGAGUGGGUUGAUCUCACAGGUCUCCAUCGCCGCCGGGGUAGAGACAUCUGAGCUGAAGCAGGAAAACUUAUCAGAGGAAACGGUGAAAGAACUAGAGUUUGAGCUGCAAGAGCACGAGGAGUAUAUUAAUAUGGCGCAAGAAGAGCUCCACGCGAUGGAUGAGCUGCUCAAGGAGGCUAAUACAAAACCCAAGGGUUGGAUCGUGUGUAGUGAGGACGUGGUUGGGAGCUUUCCACGCAAAGAGGCUAAAGAGUUUUGGUCAAAGAUCUCUGGGUUUUAUAAUGAGAGUAGGGAUGGUGGCGCUGGUGAGGGAGAGACAAGAUGUAUAAGCACAGAUACCAGCCAACGCAUUUUGUCAAUGGUAGAGCACUUCGAGAACGCGAGAUUGUUGACAAACGCUGAGAUUGGCGCCUCUACCUCGGUAGCUUUUUCCAAUUUAGUGCCACAGAGUUCUACCGGUUUUGAUAACACUCGAGGCGAGGGAUAUGUACCCCUUCUGUUCUCUGGGGAUGUGCCAGAUAACUCAACGACAUCGGCAAACACGUUCUUUAAGAAUAUUUUCGAAUGCCCAGUGAUAGAAACUGCUUUGUCUAGUGAAUUUCCGCGCCUACUCGAGGCCAGAGAUAGGACGAAUGGAAGCGGUGAGCAGAUGAAAGGUUUCAGGGAUGAGGAGGGAUGCUUUGUGAUAAAUUCACAAGAGACGCCGGGAGUCUUGAACUCUUGUAAAGCUCCGUUGUCGAUGGGUGAGGCUUUGUCCAAUAGCCAUACGAAUGAUGCUGUCUUGGGUUUGAGCGAGAGACUCCGAUAUGAGAAGCGAAUCGACGAACUUGAGAAAGAACUGAAGCAAGCUUUAAAUGCCAGCCCCAAGGAUGAAAUUCAGCUACUAAAAGGUGACCUCAAGGCCUCCAAUCACGAGUUGCGGCGGUUAACCGAGGAGCGUGAUCGAUUAAUGGCGGAACGUUGGGGCAUGCCGUUGACAUGGGAAAAGUACUCAACAGUACAUAAUCUUUCUUCUUCCCACCUCAUUACCACCAAGAAAGCAGCCGAAGGAGGCGAGUGUGAUACGAAUGAAGGCGAGACUAGCGUGGGGGCGAACAAGGCAGAAGCACCCUUCACAAACUUCGGCACCGCCGUCGAGGAGGAGCUCAAAGAACGGCUCGCCAUCGCCUACCAGCGCAUCCGGGAGCUUGAGAAGGCCAACGGGGUGGGGUUGAGUUCAGUCCGGACGCCGGCUCAUGGGAUGGAGCGCCUGGAAAGGCGCCCGAUCGACCUCACCGAGGCGGGGGAAGGGGGCCUGCGGAGGGGCCAUCACAGCUCCGCGGACGGCCUGCCCGGGCUCCCCAACCCGCCCGAGGCGCUGCAGGCGCAGGUGAAGGCGCUCCAACAACACGUCGAGGCCCACCAGCGCACGACGCGCGGGUUGGAGGAGCGGCUGAACCGCGCCCUGCACGACCACCGCGAGGCCCAGCGGCAGAUCCUCCGCCAUCAAAAGGAGCAAACGACGCUCUGGGCGAGGCUCGGCGAGGCGGAGGGGAAGCUCCUCGCGCGGGCGGAGGCCGGGGAGUGCGCCGGGCGUGGGCCCUCCCCCCGUCGGGUCGUGGGGCUGCUCUUGGAGGAGGAGGAGGACGGGCCGCACCCUCCGACAUCAGGGGGCUUGGAGGAGGAGGAGAGUACGGUCUCCGUCGGCGUCAGCGAGGUCGGGGGGUCGCUGCUCUCGUCCUUUUCGUUUCGCCCGCGGUUGGAGGCGCCGGCGGGGCGCUCGGCGAACCUGGGGACCGACAGCCCGGAGUCCUCCUUUUUGCGCGUGAUGACGACGGGCGGGGGGUCGUGGGAGGGCCCUUCGCGCCGGCAUCCCCUCGGCAAGCCGCUGGAGGGGAUGAGCGCGAUGGAGCUCCGGCGGGAGGUCCUGCGGCUGCGGCGCGAGGUCGAGGCCCUGCAAUCCUGCGAGGCCCGCCUGAAAAUGGAGUUGGAGUCGGGUCGGGAGCGGCAGAUGGAGGAGCGGCUCCAGCGCCAGCGCGCGCGAAACGCCCGGCUGCAGGUGCUUCAACGCCUGGGCGAUGUGGUCAAGCAGAAGCUGCUCGAGAACGAUCGGAGCGUUUAUUUGGAUAACAGCGACCACUCCGAGGAGGGCCUGAUGAGGCUGCUUGAGAAGUCCAAGAAGGAGGUCGAGCUGCUGGUGCAACGUCACCAAAUCUAG